UUAGUAUUAACAUCCAAAUUAAAAGAAAAUUAUUCUGUGUGUGAACUUCAUUUUAGCCCUUGUGAUAUUGAAAAGGAGACGUAUAUGUAUCUUGAAGAAACUGGUGAAACAUUAUCAGCUCCAUUAAAAAUUCCGAGACUAAGGAAAGAUGCAGUUCCAACAAAACUUCCUGGUGCCCCAUCAUAUUUAUCCACUGAUGUAUCCAUAAGAGAAAGUGUUAAAGAACGACAAACAAUCCGUGAAAACCGACAACUACAAAUGGCUAUCUCCAAAAGCAUUAUGUCAAAAAAAUCUGAGGAUUCAAAAUCAGUGUUUACAACAUUCAGUGAAUUACAGAACUGUUUAAAUUACAACAAUUUUACUCAAAAAUUUACUGUUGUCAUGAAAUCAAAUACAAUUGUUAUUGGAAUUUUUGAAAUAAGUCCUUCUCCAGUAUUUAAAUACUGUAUUUCUAUCAAUAAUAGUAUGCAGUUAUCAGCGUUUCACCAAUCUGCAGAACUAAAAGUGUUAAAUGAUAGUAAGUUACCCAUGCAUGUUAAAAGUAUUCAUGAAAUUGAUAAUAUUUUAAAUGCACUUGAACUUCUAGAAGCAGGAGCUCCAGAAAGUAUUGUAAAUAUAAUUAAUUUUAUUAAUAUAUUUAUAGAUAAACUGGAUGCCAUUGUUUCAGAUGAUAAAAAAUGUGUUUUAACAUUUUUAAAAGAGCAACUGAAUUUGCUGUGCCUUCCAAAACAACGUUUAAGAUAUUCCCCCCAUUUCUUAAUUUUUGCCUGUAUUUUAAAUUCGAUUUCACCCCACGCCUAUAAAUUUAUGCGAAAUUCUGGAAAUCUGAUCAUGCCUCACACUGUUACUCUACGAAACAUAUGUUCUAAUCUAAAUGUCAGUGUCUCUGAAGAGCAGCAGCACUCUAAUUUCUUAAGGUAUAUUAAACAAAAAUUUAAAACUUUAAAAGAAUGUGAGCACAAUGUAAUAUUAAUGAUGGAUGAAAUUCAUCUAAAACCUUUUUAUGAUUUUAAAGGUGGCAAUAUUGUUGGUUCUGCAUAUGACAGUGCAUUUGCUGCUUCUUCAGCAUAUACAUUUAUGAUUAGAAGCUUAUUAUCAUCUUACAAAGAUGUUGCUCACAUCCUGCCAAUAAAAUCAUUUAGUGCAGAAAAAUUGUUUGAAAUUUUAAGAGAUGUAAUUGUAGGUCUUGAAAAGAUAGGUCUUAAGGUAGUUUGUGUGGUUAGUGAUAAUAAUAGCAUUAACAGGAAAGCCAUGUCCUUCUUUAGUGAGAAGCAUGAAAUUAAAAUUAUGUACCAAAAUCCAUAUGAACCACACAGACCCCUUUUUUUUGUCAUUGAUCCUGUUCAUUUGUUAAAAUGUAUUCGUAACAAUUGGAUUGGCCAAAAAAAUGAUGGCUUGUUUAUGUAUUUUCCUAAAUUUAACGCUGUUGGCAGUGAAGAAUUUAAUGCAGCCUCAUUUAAUACUAUAAGAAAACUACAUGAUCUUGAAUUUGAUAGUUUAAUUAAAUAUGGGUAUGGUUUAACUCUUAAAGCUUUAUGGCCUUCAAAUCUUGAAAGGCAGAAUGUUAAAUUAGUUUUACAAGUGUUUAAUAACUGGGUAAUCACAGCCUUAACAGAACUAGGUAAUAAACACAAUUUGGAUAGUUAUGAAUCAACAGCUAAUUAUAUAGAUAUAAUUUAUAAAUGGUGGUGUAUAGUAAAUACCAAAACACCUCUUAAAGGCAAACGACUGAAAUGUUCUUUUCAAGAACCACUGAUAUUUUCAAAUGUAGACUCAAAUGUUGAGUAUUUAAAUAACUUUGUAAACUGGUUGGACAAAUGGAAAGAUGCAAAAUGCACUACUGGUUGCUUGUCAAAAGAAACUCAUGAUGCUCUGAGAAACACAACAUAUGCACUUAUUGAAUUGGGCAAGUAUUGCAUUAAAGAGCUAGGCAUGAAUUAUUUUUUACCUGGUAAAAUACAAACAGAUUUGUUAGAAGAUCGUUUUGGCAAGUAUCGCCAACUUUCUGGUUCGCAAUACUGUAUUUCCAUUAGACAGGUUUAUGAAUCUGAGUCAAAAUUACGAAUGCAAAGCUUAUUACCUUUAAAGCUUAAUUCAAGUACUUUUGGAAAUAUUGCUAUCGAAAUAAAUGAAAGGAAUGAUCGUGAGGGGGAAAACAUUGAUGUAUCUCUUGUGGAAACUUUUUCUCUUGUAGUAUCUGAAAAUGAGAUGAUAAAAGCUCAGCCAUAUGUUCCUAUAUUAACUUAUAUAGCUGGUUAUUGCCUUUAUUCUUUACAACCUUUAAAAAACAUCCAUGUUAUUAACAACCUUUAA